AUGGCCGGCCGUAUACGGGUAAAAAUGAGUUCUUUGAUCAUGGCUACAACUUCGUCGUCAUCUUCGUUGAUUUCCAUGUCGUUAGAGAGCUCGUAUUCGUCGUUAAUAACAGGAGCUCCCGUAGUUAAAUGUUCGGUUAAAAUCAGAAAAAUCUCAGGUUUCAUCACGGCCCAUUGGUUACUGUUAGCCAGUUUUUCUAUGGUGAUGAAAUUGGACCCAAACAUAACCGACUUGAUGCCAUCGACAGAGAAGAGCUUUACCGCCAAAGGACUACGCGCUGCCUCUCUUCCACUUAAAAAUUCCAACGUUUCGUUUUCUUUCAAAAUCGACAUUGAAGGGAGAAAUUUAAGAGCAUGUUCAUUAGGAGUGUCGGCCGUCUGGAUGAACAAACUACGCACAAAAUCAGCUCGAAGAGACCGAGCCGCACGGCUGCCGUUAAAAAAGCGUCCUGAUAUACCUCUUAACAUGUUGUCUAUAUCUAUUGUGAUUUCUCAGCGAUCCGGAACCAUGUCAUCACCGCGGUGCACCCACAGAGUACAGUACUUGUACCAAAGCACCAACUACCUUCACCAAUAUACUCACUCGUCAAACAAAAUCUUCUCAAACAUCGAAAC